AUGCCUUUCGUCAUGCGACCUUUGACCUGUUUAUCCAAUGUCGAGAAAUGGAAAGCAUGGAUUCCGUACUCAGAUAAUCCACGAGACCUGGCCAAACCCCUUCUAUCCAAGCUCCCCUUCAUCGACAAAGUCCGGAUUCAACUCGAACUGCGACCUAAAGCUUCAGAAAACACGGAUGAGAUGAAGUGGCUCGAAACAAAACUUGAAAAUGCCGGUCAUCUCCAACUCGCUCAGAUAGUUCGCUGGCAGAUCUUCUGGUCACUAGAUGACAGUAGGAGAAGAAGCCAAGAGGGACGGUGGUGUCAGGAAAUAGUCAAGGCCGAUAUCAAGGGACGGUGGAUUGUGCAGAGAGAGAUCUAUGUCCGAGACGAAGCUCAGGCGUUGAAAAAGAUGCUCGAGUUGUCUUCUGAUGUCGAUACAGCAAAGGCAUCACAGCUAAGUGCCUACGAGGAGGAACUCACGAGCCUCAAUGAUCAAUACUGGGUCCAUGAGCGAUCGUUAUGGAUUUUAACAGGAGGGGGGCCGGUUGGGGCUUUGAAAAGAGGGUAUAAAGCAACAAGAAGCGAUCCAAACUGGUACCUAUGUGCUUGGCUACGCCAGGAGUGUGCAGGGCGGGGAGGAUGCUGUGGGAGAGCGUGUGGAUGCUGCGAGAAAUCGAGAGAUACAUGGCGGGAUUUGAAGCGAGGACAUUGCACGACUGCCUGUGGCUGCUGCAUGCGCAGCCGGAAAAAGACAGGCGUGAAAGGUGGAGAGAAGAAGCCGGAAAUGGACAAAUUUCCAUUCGAUCUGGCGGAGAACAAAGAAGCAUACAGUCGGCGCAUUGAACGAGCGUAUAUCUGGGGAUUGAGUUUUUUGGAUGAGUUGGAUUGGUUGUAA